GGCGGCGGCGGCUGGAGCGCUGGAACGGCGGCGGCUGGAGCGGGAUGGGACGGAACGCGGCGCCAGAAAAAGCCACCUGAGUGUGCCAGGAAGUUAGAGAACAGCUGUCUUCUCAAAUGAGUGAACAGUAUUGAUAUUCCACACUCCUUUUUAAAUGAUUGUGAGCCAUGCCUUUGGUGAAAAGAAACAUUGAACCACGGCAUCUCUGCCGAGGAGCUCUGCCAGAGGGAAUUACAAGUGAACUGGAAUGUGUAACAAAUAGCACCCUUGCUGCUAUCAUACGCCAGCUAAGCAGCUUAAGCAAACAUGCUGAAGACAUAUUUGGUGAAUUGUUUAAUGAGGCCAACAGCUUCUACAUCAGAGCAAAUUCCCUCCAAGACAGAAUUGAUCGCCUUGCUGUCAAAGUCACCCAGCUGGAUUCAACAGUGGAAGAGGUAUCCUUACAGGACAUCAACAUGAAAAAAGCCUUCAAGAGCUCAACAGUUCAAGACCAGCAGGUAGUUUCAAAGAACAGCAUUCCGAACCCGGUGGCUGAUAUUUAUAAUCAAAGUGACAAACCACCACCUCUGAAUAUUCUUUCACCUUAUAGGGAUGAUAAGAAAGAUGGAUUGAAGUUCUAUACUGAUCCUUCCUAUUUUUUCGAUCUUUGGAAAGAAAAAAUGUUACAAGAUACUGAGGAUAAGCGAAAAGAAAAGAGGAGACAAAAGGAGCAAAAGCGUAUAGAUGGCACCACCCGUGAGGUGAAAAAGGUUAGAAAAGCCAGGAACAGACGCCAGGAGUGGAAUAUGAUGGCAUAUGACAAAGAGCUUAGACCUGACAACAGGUUGUCUCAAAGUCUGUACCAUGGAGCAUCUUCCGAGGGAUCACUGUCCCCAGAUACUAGGUCCCAUGCAUCCGAUGUUACGGAUUAUUCUUAUCCUGCUACUCCGAAUCAUUCCCUCCAUCAGCAGAUAGCAAUGCCUUCCUAUGGAGCAGGAGAUGGUCCACAGUACAUGGCAGCAUCCCAAAGCCAUGAGCAUGAAUACAGACCGCCCUCCACUACUGUCCGACACGCUACUUUAAACAGACCUCAGCAGCCACCUCCACCUCCACCCCAGCCUUCAGAUGGCCAGCACAGCUCAGUACCUGUGGUACCAACAGAAUAUGGGAUGCUCCCAGCUCAGAUGGUGGAUUAUUACAAUCCUACAGGUCCUCCCCCUCCUCCUCCCCCUCCUAUGAUUCCUUCAGCACAAACUGCAUUUGUUAGUCCUCUUCAGCUUCCUGUGCCACCUUCCCAUUCUGGACUGGUGACUGGCUCUACAUAUGCAGCUACUCAUCCUCCUCCUUCUGGUGGGCUUGUUGUCAGUGCUCCUCCUCCUCCUGGCCCACCUCCUCCCCCUCCAGGCCCUCCUGCUGCAGGUGCAUCCCUCUCUUCCUCCCCCAUGCACGCUCCUCCAGCGUCGGAGGCAAAGCAGGCACCGAUGAGCGAUGCACGGAGUGAUCUGCUGGCUGCCAUCAGGAUGGGAAUUCAGCUGAAAAAGGUGCAGGAGCAGCGUGAGCAGGAGGCGAAGCGCGAGCCCGUUGGCAAUGACGUGGCCACCAUCCUGUCGAGGCGCAUUGCCGUGGAGUACAGCGAUUCCGACGACGACUCCGAGUUUGACGAGAACGACUGGUCAGAUUGAACGUGGUCCAAGCCUGCUGGCAACUACAUUAAAUACUUGGCUUCAGUGAUUGCUUUGUUAGCAAGAUGUAAAGCAGGACAUUGACAUGUAUUAAGGCUAGUGAGGGAAGUGCUAAAAUUGAAUUGGUAUUAUUCAGAAUGCUGUAGCUUAGCAACUCUGGUAAUAAUGAUGUGAUUAUGCUUAUGCAGAUCAGAAACUUGUCUUACUUUCAGUAUUUACUGCAUAAUACUUAAGUGCCACUAAAUGUAGCAACUCUUGUGCUGCGUGCAAAAUAUGAUGCAGUUGUUGCACUGUUACAGAACCAGCAUUUUAUUUUACUUUCCUGUUCUUGAAGGGAUAAAAUAUAUUUUUUUGACUUUACAUCUUAUUCUUUUAAUUAUGUAAACAACUUAGAUACUUGUGAAUUGGUCUGGUUGUUAGUCUUUGAAGGCAGUUAACUGUGUGCCUGAGUGAAGUCUUGAGUUCCAUAAAUGUGACCUUUAGCUUUUUUAUUAGGUACUAAUUAUGCCCACAUUAGUCUAUUUUUGACCACUUCUGGGCUUAAGUUUUUAUGCAUACAGAAUUGAUUUUAUACUAGCUUCCUUUUUAUCUUGAAAAUGUAGCAGAUGAUUAAAUGUAUUCUUUGAAGAAUGAACCCACAUGAUCCAAAAAGAACAUUUGGUGAGCAGACAGAUACAUCUGCAACAGUACCAGCUCUAAGUUGCUGGCUGCUUGUUGGGAAGAGUGUUAGGUGGGGUCUCUGCUGGGUAGCAGAUGCACGUCCGUGUUAUAAAUGGAAAUGAAAAUACCUGUAGAGCUUUUCAGUCUUACAGUAAGAUCAACUGCAUGCAGGAUAGACCUGGUGGAAACCCUGUGGCUGUUGCAGUGCAGAAAGGCUACUGGUAUUGCUAAAGAUUGAAACAGUCUGGAUCUAGCAAUCAGAUACAUUUCACAAGUAUUCAACUUGGUCUUUAUGCCUGUAGGUAUAAAUGUGUGUAAAUAAGUUCUGUUGUUGUUGAUUUGUACAUGUGUAGUUGUGUGGCACAUUGACUCAGAACUCUUAUUUUGAAUGUAUUUCUUUCCCAGUACAUCCCAUGGAUAAAACAUGGGCAGUUAAAGCAGCUUUGAUGGCUGUUGAGGUACUAUGCCAUAUAUAUAUAUACAUAUACACAUUCACUUUCUUAGUCCUUUCUUAGGCAUAGUUGUUCCCAUAAAGUCUGCUUUGACUGUCUCUGUUUUCCUUGUUUUCCAUUUUUUUUUAUCAACUGUACAGUAUUAAAAUGGUUUGUUUUGUUUUGGGAGGUUUUUUGGUGGUUUUUGUUGGGUUUUUUUGGUUGGUUGGUUGGUUUGGUUUUUUGAGUUUUUUUGUUUUUUUUUUUUUUUUUUUUUCCUUUUCUGGACCAAGAGUCAGGCUGCUGCUCUGCCUAAUGAGGCUUUUAAAUUUUAUUCAUAAUAGGGGAAGAUUUCUUUCCUUACCAGAUCACAGUUUUAAUCUUUGUAACAGAAAUCUGUGUAAUUCCAGGUCUAACAUUUGGUAAACGUCCUUUGUUCUGUGAGGCCCCCCCAUCUGUUCUUAAAAGAAGUAUGUAAAAUAAAAAGAGAAAUGGAAGGUGAUUAUCUAACCUGUGUUUACACCAUUAACAGUUUUAGUCCUGAGAAUGUAACAGUCUAACACAAUGUUUGCAUGCAAACUGUUGGCUACUGCAUUGCUGUUUAAUCUGCAUACGAUUUUUCAAUCCUUGGUGGCUGCCUUUAUGGUAGAGGGAUAACAUGCUGCCUCAGGGCUGGUGGUAAAAUUUAUGACACAAAGUGUGACCAAUCUCUGCAUACCGGUGAGCAACCACAGCUCUUGGUAACCAGGGGCAGCUGAAGGUACUUGAUGAUCGCCGUCCCACUUGGAGCUGGUUUUGUCUUUGCCUUAAAAUGCAGAGCUGAAGGGUGCUUUAUUUUUGUGUCCUGGAGUCUGAGGUCUGCGUGUCCACCAGGGAGGACAGAAUUUAGGCUGUAGCCUGAUGGUGGCUUUCAUCAUCGUGUUGAAGAUGACUUGUCUUUACCUUCAUGGUGUGCUUGCACAGUGGCCUGCAAAAUGAUUCUUUGGAGAGGUAGCUGAAGGUGCAACUGGGACCUCAGUGUUACAUCACUGCAUAGGUGGUGAGAGCACUCUUGAUGUUGUUUUGAUACAUGCUGAAAUGAAAUGUCUCAACAGAAAAUUCUUUCCAAUCUACUGAAAUUUGAUAUGACAGAAGAUAUAUUUUAUGAGCACAGAAGCUGGGUGUGUCUAAAAUUUUGUAAUUUGUGCUUAUUUUAAGUAAUAAGCAUUAAACAAGCAAUCAGUUGUGACCAGUGAAGAUAGUGUAGAUUUUUCAGUCAUAGUAGCCAACCUGUUUUUCUGAACCUGCAAUGUUGUAAUUUUCCUUUUGGUAUUUUAUGGACGAAAUGUGAAUUGAAUUUAGUGAUGUAAACACUAUUCUAGGCUGUUUUUAUCAGUUUUAUCAUACUUCGGGUUGUGCAUAAGUAACAAAUAUGAAUAAAAUCUCACUUUUGAACCUGUGUUUCUUUCCUUAGAUGAGUAAGAUUGUGCUGUUAAUCUUUAUUUUAACUUGCCAAUAACAGAAGUGAAGAUAUAAGACUUGCAAAUGCUAUCUCUGAUCCCAAGGCAUGAUGUUCCUGGGAUGAAGGAUGGAGUCUACAAUACCAGAUUCCCUUGAGGUACUGCUGCUCCUGCUAACAUCCAUACUUGUUUUUUUGCAGCCUUGAUUCAAGCUCCAAGUUCCUGGCAGGUAUAAAUUUCCCUACAGGUAGCUUUAGGGUUUUUUUUCCAGUGUAAUGCAUUAAAUGCCAGCUUUGCUUCCAGAAAGAAGCAGAAAAUACAAGUUACAUCAGCAAGUCUUCUUGCCCACUUUUUUAAUAAGAAGUUAUCUUUGUAGGUUAGUGACACCCAGCACAAUACUAUAAAUACAAACUCAUGUAGGCCUACUAGAAAAAUACUUUAAAUUUAAUAUUUUAAUGGUAAUCAGAUUAAAGCCAGGAGAGGCUUUUCAUCCUACUGGGAAGAACUUACAUAAACCAAUUGUGUAAUAUAGUAGGUUAAUUGUAAAUUAAACAGAUUUGUUUAUGCAUCUUAGACUUGGUUGUUUCUUGGGAAAAUAAAUUAAUCUUUAUUCUGUUUAACUGAAAACUCCAGUCCUCUGACUCUCAGUUCUUACUUCGCUCAAAUUUCCCACUUCUUGAUUUGAACUUAAUUCAAAUAAUUUAGACCACAAUUCUUAGCACCAGUUCUGCAUAAAAACUGAAUAUGCAAGCUUGAAAUUUUUUGGUUCAAAAAUUCUCUUAGUAAAGCAUUUAUAACUGCUUGUUGUAGCUCAGUUGGAGUUAGGACUGAUGGUCACUCAGCAUGUUGCUUCUACAGCUUUUGUGGUUGUCCUUUUCAUUUUAAAGAAUUUUCAUGGAACUAAGCUGAACUGGAUUUUUGGGUAUUUGAGAUUUCUCUUUACUAAGAUGAAUGUCCUUUAUUGUAAGAGGGGGCACAUGGUGUUGAGCGCAAGCUCCAAAUUGAACUCAUUUGCGGUAUGCAGAUGGAGUUGUGAGGAAGGGAAAUAUCUCCUUGGGAAAUUGGUGCUUGGUGUAUUUUUCAGCUAUGUUCUCUCUCCUUUGCUGGGCACUGUUUUAAUAAUGAAGAGGUGUUCUUUUCUCCUUGAAACAACAUACCUAAGGGUACAGCAAAGAUGUAAUUUCUAAAACUGUUUAAAAUCUCACUGUGAACUGAACUGAGUGUAAACCUGAUAAUAAUGAAGACUUCAUUGGAAUCCUGUGACUGGAAGCUGAAGUUGUACAAAUUAAAUUUUGAGCUGAGGUAUUAGUACCUAGCCAAGAAGUAAAAUAAAUAUUAGAACAGCUUA